AUGGAAAAUGGUGCAUUAUCUGAAGGAAAGGACCCAUCAACCUUUCUAGGUGAGAUAAUUGGAGCUUCGGUGACAGUAAAAUUGAAUUCGGGUGUUGUGUACAAGGGCGAACUCCAGUCAGUAGAUGGCUAUAUGAACAUUGCUUUGGAGAAAUCCCAAGAGUAUGUAAAUGGGCAGUCAACGCGCAGCUAUGGUGAUGCCUUCAUCCGUGGGAAUAAUGUUCUAUACAUUGCCGCAAAUUGA